AUAGAUCUUUAUUUACUUGUAAACACGUUUUAGCAGUUUGGCUAACUGCCAUCACGAAAGAUAAAUUGUCUUAUCAAUAUAUAACACAGGAACAAUUUCAAAGCUUGCUAUUAUUUCAAGUUUUAGAUAAAGAAUAUGUACACUGAAGUAGAAAAUUAUAAUUUAGUUGCAAAGUUAGGAAAUCUUAAAACUAUAGUAUUGUUACUAAAAGCAAUUAAUUUUAAAGAGAAUGCCACAUGUUUUGGAACUGAGAAUGGUUUAAAAGUAACAGUAGAAGAUGCAAAAUGCAUGCAAGCUAGUGCUUAUAUACCAGCUCAUGUAUUUCAAGUGUUUAAUUUAAAGGAAGAUGUAAUAUUUAGAGUAAAUUUAAACAUAUUAGUGGAGUGCCUCUGUAUGUUUUGGAGUAAUAUAAAUUGUCAAGGGAGCUCUGUAGCUUUGCAGCUCUUUUAUGAAAAGUUUUUACAAAAGGGCAAUGGACAUCCUGUAACAGUUCUGAUAGAGGAAGAUGGUAUUAUAACGGAUUGUUCUUUAAAAACUCAGGAACCUGAUGAGUUAUUAGAUUUUCAUCUUGAACCAGAAAAUGUUUUGAACAAAGUAGUCCUCCAAACCGAACUAUUAAAAGAUAUCUUAUCCGAACUUGAUUCAACUAGUGAUUUCAUUGAGUUAUUUUUAUCACCUGCUCCACCUUUUUUUCGUAUUAGUACAACUGGUUUAGCUGGAAUUUGUCAUAUUGAAUUACCCCAUGAUGGUGAAUUGGUUGACAACUUUCAGUGUACUUCAACAGCUAUGUCUAGUUACAAACUCUCACAUAUUAAGCCAGCUAUGAAAGCAUUGUCAUGUGCAAACAAAGUUUCAUUGAGGACUGAUACAUGUGGACUAUUGUGUUUUCAAUACAUGGUUAAAACCGAUGAAGGACAUACUUGCUACAUAGAAUAUUAUAUUUCUCCAGUGAUAGAUCCUAAUGGAUAAUAUUACUUAAUAAAUGUGGUACUAGGAUUGUAAAUAUUUAUCAGUAAAGUUUUCAAAAUUGUUUUUUUAUUUUGUAUUAUUUAUAAUUAAAGCUUUUUAUUCAUUGUA